GUCAGAAUUAUACAAUUUAGUUGUUUUUUAUUGGUUUUAUACUGUGCACAAUGGUAGAAUGUGAUGAUGCACAGGGUAAAUGUCAUGGUUAAAGGCUCUAUUGUGUGCUCAUAGCCUCCUGUAGUGGAUAUCAGGAGGAUUUUAUAACCAGAUUCACUUUCAAGAGGUAGAAAACACAUUCGGCACACUUUGGGUAUCCAAGUGUGCCAAAUGGAGAGUCCUCCUGGUCCUAUCCUCACUAAAACCUUUGCAGAAUCUAUGUGCUUUGUGUUAUUUAUGUCUAGUUUGGCUCAGUUGUAGUGGAGGAGUUGCUGCGUCUCUGUGCACGGCGUCGUUGCUAUAAUGGUGUUAUCCACUGUCUGAUCUAGAAAACAUUUUAAGGUGAGGAUAAAAAUGUUAAUUUUUCCUCGCCUUAAAGUGUAGUUCAUCCCAGUUUCCUCAGGCACAGUAACAGUCACAGUGUUACUGACACUGGGGAUGAAUCCUCUGAGGUCUUACCUCUCCAUAGAGACCCAGAUCAUGCAGAAAGACCUGCUAGUUUUGGAGCUAUUACAGAUUUAUUUCGGGAGAGCUGGGGAAAAUGCAGUCAUUGCAUUUCACUGUACUUUUAAAUGCAUAUGACAAAUAAACUUGAAAAAAGAAGAGAAGUGACAGCUCCAGAUAAACGGGAUUUAGGGUGUAACCUCGCGAUACUUCCUCUCUCUCUCUCUCUCUCUCUCUCUCUCUCUCUCUCUCUCUCGCUCUCCCUCUGUCCUCGUCCAGCCUACAGACCAGACCACCGACCUACAGACGCAAAAAAACACUCCGGUCUGACGGUGAAACUUCACACUUUUUUCCUCCUUUAUGAAUAAAUUUCUCCAAAAAGAAAAAAACAAAACAAUAAAAGCAACAGCAGCUGGAGACGCGACUUUUAUUUUGGAGGUCUUUAGUUAAUUAUCACACCUGAGAAGGAUGAGGAGGAGAAAUUAAACAAAACAGUUUUGUUUUUUUGCUGAAGUAUAGGAGUGUUUCUUUUGAGGUGGAGUAAAACAGAAAGCUGAAGCCGGAUGAAGGAUUAAAUCUGGGCUGAAGUUGUGUGAAGAGAUGCUGGAGGAGGAACCGGAGCAGCAGACGGAGUGAAGCAGUGAAGCAGUCCGGUGCGCACUCACCCAUCUCCGGCUGGACCGGAGCGCUCAGACCGCUCCUCCACCUCCACCAGCUCCUCAUCCUCUACUGCUGCUGCUGGACGGACACUUCUUCUUCAUCACUCUGCUUGGAUGUAAAACCACUUCUUCUUCUUCUUCCUAGAGUUUUUUUUUUUUGUUUUUUUUCAAACACUUUUGUUCAUCGGAGUUGUUGCGCUCAUGGAUCCGCCUCAGUGCGCCUCCUCUCCGGGUUGGAUCUGGCAGCUGUGAGCUGUGGAGCUUUGGAGAGGUGAUGAUGAUGAUGGUGGUGUCACAUCCAAACUAACCCGCAGUUAUUAACGCAGGAGUUUCACAUCUGGUAUACUGGGCCAGUCAGCAGCAGGAUCAGGAUGAGAAGAUGGCUGGCUGUGUGUUUCCAAUGGGACCAGAGAGCUUUCAGCGCUUCACGCCGGACUCCCUGGCUGCCAUCGAGCAGCGCAUCGCCCAGGAGCGGGCCCGACGCAGCAAACACUACCAGGAGGACCUGGGUGACGUGGUGCUCCCCCGGGCCCGGGCCGACCUGGAGGCAGGAAAACAGCUGCCGCGCAUCUUCGCCGACAUCCCGUCUUCUCUGGUGGGCGUUCCCCUGGAGGACAUCGACCAGUACUACUCCAGAGGCAGGAGGACCUUCAUAGUCCUGAACAAAGGGAAGGCCAUCUUCCGUUUCAGUGCCACAUCAGCUCUCUACAUCUUCAGCCCGUUCCACCCGAUCCGCAGAAUCGCCAUCAGGAUCCUGGUCCACUCGUUAUUCAGCCUGUUCAUCAUGUGCACCAUCCUGACCAACUGCUGCUUCAUGGCCAUGUCGGAGCCGGCCUACUGGGCCAAAUACCUGGAGUACACCUUCACAGGUAUCUACACCUUCGAGUCCCUCAUAAAGAUCUUGGCGAGGGGUUUCUGUUGGGGACCCUUCACCUUCCUGAGGGACCCCUGGAACUGGCUCGACUUCAGCGUCAUCGCCAUGGCAUAUGUGACUGAGUUUGUGGACCUGGGUAAUGUGUCAGCCUUAAGGACGUUCAGGGUGCUGCGAGCGCUCAAAACCAUCUCUGUCAUCCCAGGCCUGAAGACCAUCGUCGGCGCUCUGAUCCAGUCGGUGAAGAAGCUCGCCGAUGUCAUGAUCCUCACCGUCUUCUGUCUGAGCGUCUUCGCCCUCAUCGGCCUGCAGCUCUUCAUGGGAAACCUGCGGCAGAAGUGCGUCCGCAGCACGGCGCACUGCGUCAACGGCAGCCUGGCGGCCAACACCACCUUCUACUGCAACAACAAGACCUGGACCUCCCUGAAGGACUUCAUCAACGACGAGGACAACUUCUACAAGGUGGAGGGAGCCAAGGAUGCCUUAAUCUGUGGGAACAGCAGCGACGCAGGGAAGUGCCCAGAUGGGUUUGACUGUCUGAAGGCGGGAAGGAACCCCAACUACGGCUACACCAGCUUCGACAGCUUCGGCUGGGCCUUCCUGUCCUUGUUUCGCCUGAUGACACAAGACUACUGGGAAAACCUCUACCACCAGACGCUGCGUUCGGCCGGUAAGACCUACAUGGUGUUUUUCGUGGUGGUGAUCUUCCUGGGCUCCUUCUACCUGGUCAACCUCAUCCUGGCCGUGGUCGCCAUGGCGUACGAGGAGCAGAACCAGGCGACCAUCGCAGAGGCCUGCCAGAAAGAGCGGGAGUUUCAGGUGGCCAUGGAGCGGCUGAAGAAGGAGCAACAGGUUGCCGCGCAGAAAAUUCUCGACUCGGAUUCGCUGAUGUCACCGGAACUCUCCCCGUUCGGCCUGCCAUUGGACAGCAUGGAGGAGCGGAGGCGGAGUCAGGCGCUGGUGGGCGUGGCCGAGGUGGAGGUGAACCUGUCGGAGGAGAAGCUGCUGCAGGUGGACAUGACGGAGGGGGGGAAGCCGCUCCACCCUCUCCUCGCUCGAUCUUUCUCCACGAGGACGCGGCGAAGCAGUCAGGUGUCCUCCAUCUUCAACUUCCGUUUGAGGAGCCGGGGGUCGGAGGGGGAGAUGGCCGAUGACGAGUACAGCGUCCCGGGUGACGUGAUGGAGGGCGUCGGGGGUCGGACCUACAGCGGCGGGACCUUCAGUGGCAUCCUGCCCCACCCGUGGCCCAAACGACGACCGAGCACCUACAGCAACGCCAGCAGGAACUCCCAGGUGUUUUAUCCGACUCUGAACGUCAACGGGAAACUGUUUGUUGCCAUGGACCAGAACGGGGUUUCCCCACCGCCGCUGCAGGGCCAGCUGCCUGCCUGCACCAUGGAGAAGGUCAAGGAGGAGAGCGUCCCCACGUCCACCACAGAGCUCAGUACGAUGCUGUUACCUCGUCCUUCGUCCACACAAGAUUCAGUGCGGAGGGGGAGGGCGCUCAGCGCUGCCAGCUACCUCACGGACGCCAUGGAAGAGCUGGAGGAGGCCCAUAAGAAAUGCCACCCGUGCUGGUACGUGUUCGCCCACCAGUACCUGGUGUGGGAGUGCUCUCCCCGCUGGCUGAGGCUGAAGCAGCUGGUGAAUAUCAUGGUGAUGGACCCCUUCCUGGACCUCGCCAUCACCGUCUGCAUCGUCCUCAACACGCUCUUCAUGGCCAUGGAGCACUACCCCAUGACCGACGAGUUCAACGGCAUGCUGAGCAUCGGAAACCUGGUGUUCUCGGGGAUCUUCACAGCAGAGAUGCUGCUGAAGAUCAUCGCUCUAGAUCCGUACUACUACUUCCAGACGGGCUGGAACAUCUUCGACAGCAUCAUCGUGUGCCUCAGCCUCAUGGAGCUCGGCCUGUCCGACGUGGAGGGACUCAGCGUGCUGCGCUCCUUCAGACUGCUUCGCGUGUUCAAGCUCGCUCGCUCGUGGCCGACCCUCAACACCCUGAUCAAGAUCAUCGGCAACUCCAUGGGCGCUCUGGGCAACCUGACGCUCGUCCUCGCCAUCAUCGUCUUCAUCUUCGCCGUGGUCGGCAUGCAGCUGUUUGGUAAAAACUACCAGGACUGCGUGUGUAAGAUCUCGAAGGACUGCGCUCUUCCUCGCUGGCACAUGAAAGACUUCUUCCACUCCUUCCUCAUCGUCUUCAGGGUGCUGUGCGGCGAGUGGAUCGAGACCAUGUGGGACUGCAUGGAGGUGGCGGGUCAGCCGCUGUGCAUCCUGGUCUUCAUGCUGGUCAUGGUCAUCGGGAACCUGGUGCUGUUGAACCUCUUCCUGGCUCUGCUCCUCAGCAGCUUCAGCUCUGACAACCUGUCCGCUCCAGACGACGACGGCGAGAUGAACAACCUGCACAUCGCCAUUCACAGGAUCACCAGAGGCCUGGCCUGGUGCCGCAGACAGGUAGUGGAUUUCUUCAACGGGAACCUGAAGCGUCGUCGUCAGAAGAGGAAGGAGGCCAAAGCCAUGAUGAAGCUCAAACGGCUGAGUACCAUCCACACCGAGGCCAACGGAGCUGUCAUAGGCCGCCACGUCGAGAAGUACGUGGUGCCGGAGGACGACAGCUACAUGACCAACCCCAACCUGACCAUCAGCGUCCCCAUCGCCCCCGGAGAAUCCGACGUGGAGUUCCCAGAGGAGGAAGAGGAGGAGGAGGAGGGGGAGGGGGAAGAGGAGCAGAGCGAGGGAUCCGAGGAAGAAGAGGAGGAGAGGGAGGAGCAGAAAGACGACAUCAGCCUAUCAGAGGGCAGCACGGUGGACCUGAGGAAACCUGGAGAGGAAGAGGACGAGUACUCAGAGAUGGCUGAAGAGGCCAUGGACCCCGACAACUGCUUCCCAGACUUUUGCGUCUCCAGGUUUAAGUGCUGUGACAUCGACACCACGGCGGGUCUCGGUCAGACCUGGUGGAGACUGAGGAAGACCUGUUACCAGAUCGUGGAGCACAGCUGGUUCGAGUCCUUCAUCAUCUUCAUGAUCCUCCUCAGCUCCGGAGCGCUGGCCUUCGAGGACAUCUACAUCGAGCAGCGGCGGGUGGUCAAGGUGGUGCUGGAGUUUGCAGACAAGAUCUUCACCUACAUCUUCAUCCUGGAGAUGUUGCUCAAGUGGCUCGCCUACGGCUUCAAGAAGUACUUCACCAACUACUGGUGCUGGCUGGACUUCCUCAUCGUCGAUGUCUCUCUGGUCAGUCUGGUGGCCAACACGUUGGGUUAUUCAGACUUUGCAGCCAUCAAGUCCCUGCGGACGCUGCGGGCCCUGCGACCCCUCAGAGCCCUCUCCAGAUUUGAAGGCAUGAGGGUGGUGGUGAACGCUCUGAUCGGGGCGAUUCCCUCCAUCAUGAACGUGCUGCUGGUCUGUCUCAUCUUCUGGCUCAUCUUCAGCAUCAUGGGCGUCAACCUGUUCGCCGGCAAGUUCGGCCGCUGCGUCAAUCGCACCGGCCACAUCUACGAGUCCUCCUUCAUCAACAACAAGUCCGAGUGCGAGGCGCUCAACGACACCUCGCUCUACUACUGGACCAAGGUCAAGGUCAACUUUGACAACGUGGGGGCCGGAUACCUGGCGCUGCUGCAAGUGGCAACCUUCAAAGGCUGGAUGGAGAUCAUGUAUGCGGCGGUGGAUUCACGAGCUGUCGAGGAGCAGCCUAUCAAGGAGGUCAACCUGUACAUGUACCUGUACUUCGUCAUCUUCAUCAUCUUCGGCUCCUUCUUCACCCUCAAUCUCUUCAUCGGCGUCAUCAUCGACAACUUCAACCAGCAGAAGCGAAAGUUAGGAGGACAGGACAUCUUCAUGACGGAGGAGCAGAAGAAGUACUACAACGCCAUGAAGAAACUGGGAUCCAAGAAACCCCAGAAGCCCAUCCCCAGACCUACGAACUCUGUGCAGGGCUUCUUCUUCGACCUGGCGGCGAAGCAGGCGUUCGACAUCAUCAUCAUGGUGCUGAUCCUCUUCAACAUGAUCACCAUGAUGGUGGAGACGGACGAGCAGUCGCCUCAGAUGGAGAACAUCCUGAACAAGAUCAACCUGGCCUUCAUCAUCGUCUUCACCUUCGAGUGCCUCACCAAGAUCGUGGCGCUGCGAUGCUACUUCUUCACCGUCGGCUGGAACAUCUUCGACUUCGUGGUCGUCAUCCUCUCCAUCGUCGGUAUCGUGCUCGCCGACAUCAUCGAGAAGUACUUUGUGUCGCCAACGCUGUUCCGAGUGAUUCGAUUGGCCCGUAUCGGACGGAUUCUGCGUCUCAUUAGAGGCGCCAAGGGCAUCCGGACGUUACUGUUCGCCCUCAUGAUGUCCCUUCCUGCUCUCUUCAACAUCGGGCUCCUGCUCUUCCUGGUCAUGUUCAUCUACGCCAUCUUCGGCAUGGCCAACUUCGCCUACGUGAAGCGGCAGGCGGGGAUCGACGACAUGUUCAACUUCGAGACGUUUGGGAACAGCAUGAUCUGCUUGUUCCAGAUCACCACCUCGGCCGGCUGGGACGCCCUGCUCAGCCCCAUCCUCAACAACUCCCCCGAGGAGUGCAACUCCAACAUCCCCCACACCGGCACCACCGUCCGGGGCAACUGCGGGAACCCGUCGGUGGGCAUCACCUUCUUCGUCACCUACAUCAUUAUCUCCUUCCUCAUCGUGGUGAACAUGUACAUCGCCAUCAUCCUGGAGAACUUCAGCGUGGCCACGGAGGAGAGCACCGAGCCGCUGAGCGAAGACGACUUUGAGAUGUUCUACGAGGUUUGGGAGAAGUUCGACUCAGAGGCCACGCAGUUCAUCGAGUACGCCAAGCUGUCCGACUUUGCCGACUCGCUCUCGGAGCCGCUGCGCAUCAGCAAGCCGAAUAAGAUCAAACUGAUCUCCAUGGACCUGCCCAUGGUCAGCGGCGACAAGAUCCACUGCCUGGACAUCCUCUUUGCCUUCACCAAGCGCGUUCUGGGCGAGUCGGGCGAGAUGGACGCCCUCAAGCAGCAGAUGGAGGAGAAGUUCAUGAUGGCCAACCCGUCCAAGAUCUCCUACGAGCCCAUCACGACGACUCUGAGGCGGAAACAGGAAGAGGUCUCCGCCACGGUGAUCCAGAGGUGCUACCGCAGACACCUGGUGAGGCGGCAGCUGAAGGCCGCCUCCUACUUGUACCGCCAGAUGACCACGCCUCGGCACGCGGAAGAGGACAGCGAAGAGGGAGGCGAGGGGACGUUUGAGGACGCGCCCGAGAAGGAAGGGCUGAUCGCCGCCAUGAUGAGGGAAAACUACGGCUCCAGUUUGUUAGGGAUGGAGCGCUCCGAGACAAUUUCCACCAUCUCGUCCCCGCCGUCCUACGACAGCGUGACGCGAGCCACGUCGGAGAUCUUUCACCCGCUCGCCGUCCAGCCAGAAACAAUAGCUGUCGACACCGCCGGCAGCGAACCGAGCGAACAAUCGCCGUCGUUGGUCGACCCUGACAGACGGCAGGACACUGUACCGUAGCGGGAACCAAAAAGCAAAAAAAAAAUGUGAGGAUAUCCUCGUCUGGGUUUGUUUACUGAAUGUACCGUAGCGGAGGAGGCGGUGGCGGUGGCGGUGGCGGUGGCGGCGGCGGCGGAGAGAAGCUAUGAGCGAGGACCUGCAGGAGCAAACAAAGUGGAAUAUUUACUACCUUUAAUGUUACUUCCUGUUCCCCGCAGAGAUUCCUGGACUCGUUUUUGGGGUUUCUUAAAGGGAAGCAGAGAAACUGCAAAGACAGAGAAGUCGACUCUGCCUUCGUCGGAGUAAAAGACCUCUCUGGUGUCGACCGGAGCCGAGGGUUCGGAACGCCGGCUGACCUUUGACCUCGGCUACAGGUGGGUCAGAGGGGUCGGAACAACUAUAUCAGAUGUAUCCAUCAUUUAUUGGCCUGGGGGGGUCCGUGCCUUCCCACAGUUGAUCAAUAUUCUCAGAGUACGCCUGGCUGUAGGAGUGACGCUGUUCCUGGUGGUGUUUCUGACGGACUGAGACUCGAGAGAGGAGGGAAAAUAAUGACGGCGUGAUUUAAAAACAAAUGUUUUCGUAGUAAAAGUAUAACUUUGUUGAUGUUACCAGUCUUUUAAUAGCGGUACGAUUAUUACUAUUUUUUAUAUUUUUUAGAGUAAGUUGAAAAAGAAAAAGUCUCUCUCUCUCUUUUGGACUUUGGAGUGGCACUAGCUGUGAGGAAGAGGCUGAACUACCACGUUGUGAUAGACGAGAGGAGAGGGGGGGUGCGGUCAGGAAAAACACAAAAAAAACCUGAGAAGCAACUUCAUCUGUUUUUGUUGGCAGUUUUUUUGCACUUUUAAGUUUACAUGUUCUGUCACUUUAACCACACCGGGGCAAAGACACAUUGAAAUAAGGGGGCAGGGACGUAUUUAUAUUUCCUCUGAUGAGAUAACACCAAAAAAAUAAUACAAGUGCACAAUGAGAUUUUUCUACGCGGUCCCGGACUCUUCCGAUAUGUGUUUUGCCCCGGUGGUGAACGUCCUCAUGUCCCGUCAGUUUUUACGCCGGUGGGUGAUUUGUCCAAAAGGUCUUCUCAGACUUCAUGAACUGAAGACUCAUAUUCCUGCUGCGAUACGACGCUGCACGAGGAAACAGAUUGGAGGUUACCGGCUUGUAGUCAAGGAUUGUAGCACCCAAUAAUGUAGUAAUCUCCUGAAACUUUAAUAGAAUUUGCACUUAAGUACGGAAGUUACGUGACCAAUAAGUCAACGUUUGGGUUAAAAUAACAACAGAAGUGGCGUUACUUAAGUACGGAAGUUAAUAAUAAUAAUGAUAAUUCAUUUAAUUUAUAUAUCACAUUUUAAAAUUCAGUGAAAUCUCAAGGUACGUGACGAAUCAAUUAUCAAAAAAUUGUAAAAUGUAAAAACGUUUCAGGAAAUUAUGACGUUAUUGGAUGCUCACUGAUCAACGACGUCUGAUUUGGAAAGGAAUAAGUGUUCCGAUACGUCGUAGUUAAGUUAAAUCAAAUUAAAUCUUUAAAACUCUUUCAGAAUUUGGUGCAAAAAUUAAUUUUUUUAAAUUCAAAACAAUUUAAUAAAGCUCUGCUCAAAAACGAAUCUAUUAAUGAAACAACAUUCAUAUCAUAACACCUCAGGUUAAUGUUCCUUCUUUAAAGAAGGAUAAAUAUUGUUCAGUAAAGUUGUUGGUCUAUCAGAGGAGUUAAUGAUCCUGAACCAACUAUUCAGCCACAACUUGUUUUGACAAAUCACCCGCCGUCAUCAUCGUAUAUCCAUCUGGUCUGGAGUCUGGCUCGGCACACACACGAGAUCUGGAGGCUAAACGGGCUUAAGGAUCUUGGAGGUGUCGGCCAGCCUUCACCAGAGAGCGACAAUCAGCUCAGCACAUCAGCAUCGCCUUGUUUAGUUUCAUGAGAAGCUUGUUGCCGUCGCCGGCGUCAGUGUCUGGAAAAAAACUCCUUAUAAAAAGUGUUUCCCUGCAGCAGAUUAUCAGAAUAGAGACAGUCACACAUGCGUCAAUUAACCUUCGCCUCACAUUUACUUCCAUUCUGUGCGAGCGAAGGAGCAAAAAUCGAUUCCGGUUGUGAAGCAAAUUUGCAUCUUCGGAUUCACGAAUAUCGCCUCGCUUCACCUCGAUGGUCACUCGCUUGCGUUCUUGUAUGUGUGACGGUGCCGUUAUAUACAGUCUGAAUAUUUCUUCAGGUAAAUUAACAUUAACAGUCAUGACUACGGAUGUUAAUAAUUAACCGUUUAACCCCCGGGGGUCAGCGACCUGCGUCUCCGGAGCAACAUGCUCCGCCUCUUUAGCUCCUAUUUACAUUUUCAUUUCUAUUGAUCAUUGUUGUAGGUCUAUGGUACGGCGGUACGGCGGUACAGCGGUACGGCGGUACGGCGGUACGACAGAGUAUUAGGGCCACAUUGAGGAAACAAAAUAAAUCUGAGAUUUUGAGAAUAAAGUCAUAAUAUU